AUGAUGAGGGAAGCAACAAUAAAAGAUUGCUUCCAAAGCUUCUUCGUGGGGAAGAACAAGGUUCCAGUGAAUAUCCUCCAAUUUGCUGACGACACUAUUUUUUUUGGGGAAGGUUCAAUGGAUAAUGUUAAAGCUGUGAAGGCCAUUCUUAGAAGCUAUGAGAUGGUUUCUGGCCUGAGAAUCAGUUUUGCUAAGAGCCAAUUUGGAGCAAUUGGGCAAUCUGAGGAGUGGGGCUGUAUUGCUGUUGAUUUCUUAAAUUGUGCCAUGCUUCAUUUUUCCUUCUGUUACCUAGGGUUGCCAAUAGGUAUCAAUUUGAGAAGGAAGGUGGUGUGGGAGCCUAUAAUUAGGAAAUUGGAGCCUAGGUUGAACAAAUCGAACCACAGAAGCAUCUCUAUGGCUGGCAGAAUCACCCUAAUUAAUGUUGUCUUAACAACAUUGCCCUUGUUCUAUCUGUCUUUUUUCAGGGCCCCCUCAACAAUGAUUAAUAGACUAACUGCCAUUCAAAGAAACUUUCUUUGGGGUGGCAACUUAGAAGGGAAGAAGAUCGCUUGGGUAGCUUGGAGUCAAGUGUGUGCAUCUAGAGAAAGGGGAGGAUUGGGAAUUAAAGACAUCAAGGCCCUCAACAAUGCUCUUCUAAUUAAAUGGAAAUGCUUAUCCAAUGGUGUUAUUAAUGCUAGAAAAAUCCAGAAUUUAAAGAGGGAGUUGAACAUUUUGGAGGCAGGUAUUAAUGAUAGAACCUUAUCUCAAGCUGAAGUAGAGCUCAAGAAAUACCUCCAGGAUAAGCUCUGGAAUGCAGCUUAUGCUUUUGAAUCCAUGCUGAGACAAAAGGCCAGACUGAAGUGGUUAAAAGAAGGGGACAACAAUUCUAACUAUUUUCAUAGACUGAUUAAUCAUAGAAGGAGGCACAAUGCUAUUCAAG